UCCCCAUAUCCGUCAUUGUCAUCGGAACUGAUUGUCCAGAGCUUUCCGAAUUCCCAGAACAUUUUUUCCACACAUAUCCACAUAACUAGACCAGACAGUCAAGAUGGUCAAGGAAACAAAGCUCUACGAGACUCUUGGAGUCAGCCCAGAUGCCACUGAGGCGCAAUUGAAGAAGGCAUACAAGACCGGUGCCCUUAAGUACCACCCAGACAAAAACGCCAACAACCCGGCUGCCGAGCAGAAGUUCAAGGAGAUUUCUCACGCAUACGAAAUUCUUUCCGAUUCCCAAAAACGCGCCAUCUACGAUCAGUAUGGCGAGGCUGGUCUUGAGGGUGGCGCCGGUGCCGGUGGCGGCAUGGCUGCCGAGGACCUGUUCGCUCAGUUCUUCGGCGGCGGUGGCUUCGGCGGCGGUCUCGGUGGUAUGUUCGGCGGUAUGAACCAGCAGCGUGCCCCCGCGAAGGCUAAGACUAUUCAUCACACCCACCACGUCUCGCUUGAGGAUAUCUACCGCGGCAAGAUCUCCAAGCUGGCCCUUCAGCGGUCAAUCCUCUGCCCCAAGUGCGAGGGUCGCGGCGGUAAGGAAGGUGCCGUCAAGCGGUGUGCUGGCUGCGACGGUCAAGGUACCAAGAUCAUGAUGAGGCAGAUGGGCCCCAUGAUUCAGCGCUUCCAGACCGUCUGCCCUGACUGCAAUGGCGAAGGCGAGGUAAUCAAGGAGAAGGAUCGUUGCAAGCAGUGCAAUGGCAAGAAGACCGUUGUCGAUCGCAAGGUCCUCCACGUUCACGUUGACCGUGGUGUUAAGAGCGGCACCAAGGUCGAGUUCCGUGGUGAGGGUGACCAAGCACCUGGCAUUCUCCCCGGUGACGUUGUCUUCGUCAUCGAGCAGAAGCCCCAUCCCCGCUUCACCCGUCAGGAUGAUGAUCUUCUUUACAAGUGCGAGAUCGAUCUCGUGACCGCCCUUGCCGGUGGAACCAUUUACAUCGAGCAUCUUGAUGAGCGCUGGUUGAGCGUUGACAUCCAGCCCGGCGAGGCUAUUGCGCCCAACUCCGUCAAGAUGAUUCGUGGCCAGGGUAUGCCCUCCUACCGCCACCACGAUUACGGCAACAUGUAUAUCCAGUUUUCCGUCAGGUUCCCCGAGAAGAACUGGACUCAGGAUCCCGCUGCCUUCGAGGCUCUUCGCAAGUACCUCCCGGCCCCCGCUGUUGUCAACGUACCCCCUCAGGAUGCUAUGACCGAGCCAGCAGAAUUGGAGGAUGUCGAGGGCAACGGAGCCGGCCGUGGCUUCUCCAACAGCCCUAUGGAGGAGGAUGACGAGCCUCAGGCCGAACGCGUACAGUGCGCCUCGCAGUAAGCGAGUUAAAUGGGCGGGGAAGCAGUACCAACCUUAUCCAUUAUUCGACGAUAAAUUGCGGCACAAGCGACGGUCCAACAAAACGUGCCAUGCACGACAUUGUUUGAGACUUGCUAUGGAGGCUGAAUGAUUUGCAACGAUUCUUAAUCAUUUCAUGUCUCCUGUUCCCAUGAUCAUCCUUAACGAAGCAAAUAUACCCGAUUACUCGACCCAUUAUCGAGUAUUGCACAUUUGACGAGGCACGAUAUUCGAGGGGCCGACAAAAGGAAGAGUUGGAGAAAG